UUCUACCCAGGAAUAAAAAAAUGUAAAAAACCAUUGGCUUCCUGCCAUAUUCGCUCCAGUGCGCUGACCAUCUUGGUGGUAAUAUUUCCUCUGAGGCUUAAAAUUCAAUUCAUAUAAAGUCCCCUGCUUUAUGAGACUGGUCGGAUCUUCUAGCAAGAAGCGAGAGGUGGUGAAGGUGCUGCUGCUGUUCUUCGAUCAUAUCAUGUAGAUACCUCAAGAGUAAUCAAGACUGGAUUAGGCAAUGAAAAGAAGACCAACAGUUUGUGCAGACGAAAGGCAGUGAAGACUUCUCAGUGACGAGGAGGUAAAUCUGGGAACUGGGUUUCCCUCUUGUGUGUAAUCGGUGAUGCAGAAGCAGGGGCUCUGCUACUGCUAGAUUAACACAAAAGUUAUUUGUAUUUAUAUAUCGUAAGCAUUGGCGGCUCUGUGGAGGUCUUGAGUAGUUGCCCUUUGACGAUUGGACACAGCGAACCCACUGCAGCCAUGUCUUCCGAUGCGUGUUCUGCUACUUGGAUACGUGUAGCUUUCUUUGUUUCUUCUUUGGGGUCCUUUGCAGUAAUGCAGCAAAUUACGAAUGAUAAUUAUGGUUCUUCUCUGCUGGAAUCUCAGAGAAUGGAAAAUCUGGAAACUAUUUUGUCGCACAAGCCAGGUCCAUUCCCUUACUCCUGUAACCAGAAUAAUACUUCAUGCUCAGUAAAAAUUAGUGAAGAUGCUAAGCUUCUUAGAGAUUCAUUGAAAUUCUUUGAUGCCAACUUCUUCAAUGAUACAAAGGCAGAGGAGAUGGCUAAGGGUGCAAUAGAGUUAAAUAUCCCCAUUUUCAGAGCCAACCGGAAGUUGGUUGCUUCUCACAAUGGCGGGUUGCAUGAUCCAUCUGUCUUAGUUUUCAAUCCUGAAUGGGGUAGUAAAGAAACACCUGGCCAACGCAAACCAUUCAGUUAUCCUUCCCUCUCUGGCGUUAAAAGACCUGAUGAUGAUGAAGAUAUAACUUUCAUGAGUGUUCUUGAGCUGGGACAACUUGUUAAGACUAAGCAAAUAACAUCACAGGAACUGACUAGGAUCUUCCUACAGAGAUUAAAGAGGUAUGGGCCUGUUCUUGAAUCUGUGGUUUCUUAUACAGAAGAUUUGGCAUACAAACAGGCAAAAGAGGCUGAUGAUUUACUUGACCAGGGAAAAUAUUUAGGUCCUCUCCAUGGGAUUCCAUAUGGGUUGAAAGACAUAAUUUCAGUGCCUGGAUAUAGGACCACAUGGGGUUCAACAACUUUUGAGAAUCAAAAACUCAACAUGAAAGCAUGGGUCUAUAAAAGACUAAGAUCUGCAGGGGCAGUUCUAGUUGCAAAGCUUGUUACUGGGUCACUUGCAUAUGAUGACAUAUGGUUCGGGGGAAGGACACGAAACCCGUGGAAUAUUGAAGAAUUCUCGACUGGUUCAUCAGCUGGGCCUGCUUCCAGUACCUCAGCAGGACUUGUUCCUUUUGCAAUUGGUUCAGAAACAGCUGGCUCUAUUACGUACCCUGCUGCACGUUGUGGUGUUACAGCACUACGCCCAACUUUUGGUACUGUUGGUCGAUCUGGUGUUAUGAGCAUCUCAGAAAGCUUGGAUAAGCUUGGUCCCUUCUGUAGAAGUGCCAGGGAUUGUGCAGUUAUUCUGGAUGCCAUUCGAGGCAAAGAUCUAGACGAUCUCUCCUCUAGAGACAUUUCUCUUGGGGACCCCUUUUCUGUUGACAUCACCAAGCUCACUGUGGGCUAUUUGGAAGAUGUGGAGAUGGAGGUUGUCAAUGUUCUUGCCUCAAAGGGUGUUAAUGUGGUUCCUUUUAAGCUGAAUUACACAGUUGAAUCUGUUCAAGGCAUCCUGAAUAUCACAAUGGAUGUUGAUAUGUUAGCACAUUUUGAUGAGUGGCAGAGAUCUGGACAGGAUGAUGUUUAUGAAGCUCAAGACCAGUGGCCAGUAGAACUACGUCGUGCUCGCAUGAUACCAGCAGUAGACUACCUGCAGGCACAAAGAGCACGAGGAAAACUGAUUCAGGAAAUUCAUGAGAGCUUCACCGUUGAUGCAUUCAUUGGUAAUGCAACUGAUUGGGAGAGAGUUUGCAUGGGAAAUCUUGUGGGUAUGCCCGUCAUUGUUGUACCGACAGGAUUAAAGAGCAUUGAGAACCCACCUCCAGGUGGUACUCGACGUAGAACCACUAUCACCACUGGGAUAUAUGCUCCCCCUUCUCAGGACCACAUUGCUCUAGCAUUGGGCAUGGCUUACCAAUCUGUCACUGAUCACCACAAAAAGCGCCCACCAAUUGAUGAUCUUGGGCCAAAUGAUUUGAUUCCAGAUCCUCCUAGAGUUAUCCACCCUCAUGUCUGGGGUCAUGAUUAAGAGAUUCAUAUCAACCACUUUCAUCAUGUACUACAAUGGCAGCAGGUUCUUUAUGUCUUUCAAGACAUCCAUAUGUUGCAUCGCUUUUUUGCCCCCCCCCCCUUCUUUCUGUUUAGCUAUUUGUUUUCAAGAAUAAACUGCUCAGCUUUCUAUACUACUGGGUUAGAACUAAAAUUGUAUUGGAAGAUCUGACACCAUUAAACUCUCUUAUUUGUUGCAUUUGAUGGAUCUUUCAAUAUGGUUUCAGUUAUAACCAAGAUUAUUUUUUGGAGUGCAAAA